AUGGGGAUCGAAGACGUCUACCAUGAGAUAAGUCAUCUCCAGGUCCUAUGUCGACUGCAGCCGUUGAAGUCUGACCCAGCAAAGAGACACCAAAACAAGUACUGUCGAUUUCAUGGCGAAAGUGGGCACACUACGGCCGAAUGCUACGACCUAAGGGAUGAGGUCGAGAGACGCAACAAUGACCGACGGGAAGAGCAGAGGCAUGACAACCCGCCCGAACCAGUCGGCGUUAUAAGAACGAUCUUCGGGGCACCAUACCUCGGCGGCACCUCUCGACGCGCACAGAAGGAGUACGCUCGAGAGGCAAAAGAGAAGUUCAGCCGUAGGAUUAUGAACGUCUCCGGACGUAAGGCUAAGGCAGCGCGAUACGAGGACGCCGAGAUCACUUUCUUAGAGGCCGAUGUGAGAGGGGUACAUUUCCCCCAGAGUGAUGCCUUGGUCGUCAAGGCCAUGAUCGGUAACCACUCGGUUUGCCGCAUCCUGGUCGACAACGGCAGUUCCGUGGACAUCCUAUACUCGGACUGCCUAGACAAGAUGGGGAUCCCCCGCACAAGGCUGCAAAACAGUGCGUAG